UUAUACCACACACGUGAUUGGCUUUCCAAAGCCUACGCAGCAAAGGGCUGCGUGUCUGUCCUUCCUCCCUCUCCCUUGUAUGGAAUAAUAAAAUAAUAAUACUACGAACGCUAAUUUAAAUAAAAAAAGCCCAAAAACCCAGCUCUCCGCGUGAAGAAUCAGAUUUUACGGGGUGAUCACUUGUCCGGCGUAACAGGAGCUCGACGUGCGGCUCAAAGAAAUCCAAGAGGGUGGAGGCUCUUGCACGUUUAUACUCGGUUUUUAGAGAAUAACCAGCCAUGGACAGUCUGGGCAGUGCCAACACGACGUUCGCUUUGGAUCUCUUCCGAACCCUGAGCGACGUCGCCGGCGAGAGCAGAAACGUCUUCUUCUCACCGCUGAGCAUCUCUUCGGCUCUGGCCAUGGUCUAUCUGGGGGCGAAAGGACACACCGCCGAUCAAAUGGCAAAGGUUCUUUGUUUCAAUAAAGCCCAGAAUGUUCACUCAGACUUCCAGGCUCUCAGCGCUGACAUCAACAAACCCGCCGCCUCUUAUCUCCUGAAACUCGCCAACCGUCUCUAUGGAGAAAAGACCUUCAACUUCCUCCCGGCAUUCUUAGAAUCCACACAGAAGUUCUACAGUGCAGACCUGGUGCCCUUGGAUUUCAUUGGUGCCUCAGAAGAGUCACGGAAGCAGAUUAACCAAUGGGUGGAGGAGCAGACAGAAAGUAAAAUCAAAGACCUUCUGAAACCAGGAACGGUUUCUGCUGUGACAAGGUUGGCUCUUGUGAACGCCAUCUACUUCAAAGGGAGCUGGAUGCACAAGUUUGACGGAAAGCGGACCAAAGAAAUGCCCUUUAAAAUCAGUCGAUUUAAUAGCAAACCGGUGCAGAUGAUGUUCCAGACGGACCAGUACCCGUACAGGUACAUCCCAAAAUACAGACUGCAAGUCCUUGAGAUUCCGUACCAGGAGGACGAGCUGAGCAUGUUCAUUCUGCUGCCCAGGUCAUCCAUCUUUGGCAAUGCACUCAAAAAGCUUGAGAAAGAGCUCACUCUGGAGAACAUUGACAGCUGGACAGACAGGAAAAACAUGGAAAGAGGCAUAGACAUCUGCGUUCGCCUGCCCAGAUUCAAGCUGGAGGAGGACUACGAGCUGAACACGCCCCUGGGGCGCCUGGGCAUGAGCGACGUUUUCGACGCCGGGCGGGCGGACCUGACGGGGAUGAACGGGCAGGGGGGGCUCUACCUCUCCGCCGUGGUCCACAAGGCGUUCGUGGAGGUGAACGAGGAGGGCACGGAGGCGGCGGUAGCUAGCGCAGAGUAUGUGACGUACAGCCUUUUCCAGCAGUAUAAAAAAUUCACCGCCGAUCACCCCUUCCUCUUCUUCAUCCGGCACAACCAGUCCCGCAGCAUCCUCUUCCUCGGGAGAUUCUGUUCCCCGUAAAAAAAGGAGAACCUGAGAACUUGGAUGCAGUAUUUUUUUUUCAAGGCAAGGCUGAGGAAAAAUCGUUGGUUUUGAAUCUGGGCAGAACGCAUAAAUCUGUGUCCUGGAUGUGUUCGAGAUCUGAAUUGUGUUUCAGUCUUAGUAUAGUUCAUUUGCUUUAGCGCUUAAUGACAUUACGUAUAUAUGCUGACCGGUCUGGGAAUGUUAUUGCCCCGGGUCUGGUGCUGUUACUCAUAUAAAUGUUCUCCCACAGUGCUAAAUGAGUAGUAAUGGUAGCCUCACCUCCCUAGCCCUGGAGCAACUCCGUCAGAUUACAGGCGCCCUUCUGUUCACUUCCAUUCAGUUUUAUUUGUACAGUGCUUUUAACAGAGAGUCUCACAAGUGCUUUGCAGUGGAGGCUGGAGACACAAAAGAACACUGGGAAAAAAAGCAGGCCUGAAAAAAAAGAAAAAAAACCAGGGGCGACAUAUCUCAGGAGGUAAGACCGGUUGUCUGGCAGUCGGAGGGUUGCCGGCUCAAACCCCGCCCUGGGCGUGUCGAAGUGUCCUUGAGCAAGACACCUAACCCCCAACUGCUCUGGCGAAUGAGAGUGUGUCUGAAGCCCAAAACGUGCAAAGGAAGAUUAUUCCACUAGACAGGAGCUCUGCAAGAGAAGGCUUUGCCUCCUGUUGCAAUUUUACAUAUAUUUGGAAUUUCCAAAUAGCCUUGUGAGCGAAACAAUAUUGGGUAGUGAUGUCCAGGAUGUAUGUGCCAUUUACAACUGUGUCAAAAUCAAGUCAAAUAUCUCCAGUGUAUUAUACUGUAUUAGCAACCCUGGAGAAACAGAAGUGUUCAAAGUGCCUUUCGCCGGGUUUAAUCAAAGCGAAUGCAGAACAAGUGUAAACCCCAUAUCAGCAAUGUGAUAUGGCGUGUGGAGCACGUGACCAGUCUGUGUUCCCAGGACCCUCUUGACUCAGUUUUUUACAAAUGUGCCGAGGAGUCAAAUUUGUACAGCUACGCAGUCUGUUGACGCCGCACGCUAAAAACAGAGCACGCGCUGAAUCUGCGGCUCGCUCCAUGCGGUGCUCCUAACAUUAGGUAAGAAAACUGCCGCUCCAAAGCCACGAAGCGUUUUCAUUUGCGCAAGCUAGUGUACUAUAGUGUACUGUUGCAAUGGUAAAAUGAGGAAAAAUGCAAUUGUUCAACACAAACCAGUUGGAUUUCGAUCACAUUAAGUGCCCUACCAUUUUCUCGCCAGCUAACUGGCUAAUUACGAAGGCAUUGGCACACUUUUGUUUUUUGUGAAUGUUUAAUUUUGUAUGUGGUUAUUCUAUAUACGUAUGUACACUUAACGCAAUGCAAAACAUGUGCUGAUGAGCCUGUCUCUGUUCUAAGUUUUAUUUUAAAUGUCUCUCCCAAGAGGGAUAUAGAUCCGGUGAGGUGUUUUGUUGAAGUGAAUUGAGCAGGCUUUGUGCAAAUGCACACUCCGUUGUUUCUGUACAAUCGCUGAAGAGCACGUGCUGCGUGUUUGGCUCGAACCGUGCUGUGCUCGUGAAAAAAACCUUUUAUAUUGAGGCUAGCCCGCAUCCUUGCUGAGUGAUGUCAUCCCAGCAAAACAGAUAUAAAAAGUUCUCGCAGUGUAGCCUCCUUGUAGUGGUAAUGUCAUAGCAUUCACAAAACAUUCCAGUAACAUUGUAAGAACAAUUUUGUGUUUUGCUGAGAUUCUGUCUGACUCCACAAGGCAAUGAGAACAUCCAAGAGGGUUCAGCUGUGGAUUGCUUUUUUUUCUUUCUUUACCAUAUACCAAUGCUGAAAGUUAAAGUUGUUUCUUCAAUCUAAAUGGGUACUGAAUAUUCAAUAUCCUUUCCUUAAUGCUGAAUUUAGUUAUUUAGUAUAAAGAAGGGAGUUGGUAAUUGACGACCAAUAAAUCAAAAUGUGCAUGGGACAUUUUGGACUGCAACAACAUUUAAUAGGUAAUUUUUGCUUUGGUGUUGCUAUUGCUACAUCUUGGUAUCAUUGGUGAGUACACACCCCAAAUGUGUUUUAUGAAGUUGUAUGUAAUUAAGGAUUGUUUACGUAAGCAUGCAUUUGCAUUGAAUAAUCCAUUAAUGUAACAGGCACUUGUACAUCCCAACACACAUACACAUAUAUGGAGGUACUUGGAUCUUGUUAUGCUUUUGCUCACUGAAUAAAAUUCUCAGUUUGACAAAAACGUUGCAGGUUUGUCCAGAACGAUGACAGUUCUUCACAGAACCGUGGCAUCAGUUGGACUUUAUGGUCACGCCGACAGAAGUUUUAGGUUUAAAAUUGAAUUUUCAUGACAGAUAAACUGCAUUAGCUGUAAAUAUGUUAAGCAUAUAACUGGCACUUGUGAGACCUAGCAUAUUGGAUAUUAUUUUUGUGAAAUGUUUGACCUUGUUAUAUGCACCUUUCAUGCAUGUGGACUUUGAAACCUACUCUUGUGCAACUAUUAAAAUUGUAACUUUGGUGCAAACAUUGGGAGGGGCACUUAUGUGUAGAGUCUAUAAACUGAAAAUUAAAUCAGUGCAGACUAAA